AUGAAGAGAUACAGGUCUGCAUCCCAUUUCUGGGACUCUGCUCUGAACAAGAUCUUCCCCAGGCGGACAUCGCGAUCGAGAUCGGAUGAGCGCAACACGUUUCUGUCAUUCGAGUCCUCUACUACCAGUGAACAUACCGAUGGCUUUUACAUGUACUCCCAGGCUCUGUUAGAGCAAGAAAACAGACGCCGUGAGGCUUUGCCAUACCGCCAAUCCGACAGCACAGAGGCUUCAUAUUCAUCCGCUCUCAUGGCGCCAAUCCCGCGCCCUGCCCUCCCCUAUACGAUUAGUUCUCCCGAGUGGAAUAUAUUUUCCGAAGCUGUCAAGGCCCUCGAAGAUGCCAUUGAUGACGAUGCAUCCGACUGGCUUCACAGUGUGCUGUCAGUCUUUUCCAAAGUCUACACCGUCGCCAAGAUUAUCGUCACAAUACUCAUGUACUAUGGAAUUGAGGUGGAAGACAUCCCUGACAGUGUUCCGGCCCAUAUCAGACGUGCGGAAGAAAUUGUGACGUCCGACUCGAUCACUGAGCUUAUUGAGGCUGUCGAGAGUCUCUAUUAUUCCGUAUAUGCGAGGCUGAUAAUGGAGAUAGCGAACGUCGACUUAUCAACUUACUUCAAUUUGGAACUCCGACGCACAUCCCGCAAGGAUGGGUUCGCUCUCCCUGAGCCCGAUCAUUUGCUGAAGAUCUUCACGCACUGCAAAGACACCCUCGAAGCGCCAACCGUUUGCAACCAUGUCAAUGUGAAUCUUAUCAAGUUUCACCAGGAUGAAUUCAUCCGCCGCGCCAUGGAGAGGGCGAUUGGCACAGAGUUUUUCCUCGACGAUCUCCUCGGAUACCGCCGUUAUACUAUGGGAAUUGUGAGCGACACCUCGUCCGAGUUUCGUUCGAAGUGGAACCACGACACCUUCCUUUAUCAAAUACCACCGGAGGAGAUCCUCACAGUUCAAUCCGAGAAGUACCUUUCUUUUAUACCCAAACUGGAGGCUGUGUUGACGGUUCCUGGUUUUGAUCUUCCAUUUGUUGACCGCGACAGUGUUGAUCCGGAACUUUGGGAGCGUGAGCUCGUCAAAGACCAUCGCCAGGCGGCUUUAGCCAAGAUGGAAGGCAAAGGCAUCGGAGACGUCAGGCGUGUGGACGAGCGACGUCGCCCGAGCGAUUACAUGAAGGAGAGAAAAUGCAUCUGUCGCUCAUCGUGCAUUUGCUCCUGGGAAUGUACUUCGGAUCCCGAACGUCCCUGCCCCUGCGCAGACCGUAUGAUGCAGAUAAUGCUUGUGAAACGUCGCAAGGUCCCGGGAACACGCGACUUCGCUUCCCGGUGCGGCAGUCUUGCAAAGGCGAUCUUCGAAUGCGCUUCAUUGAUUAAACGUGAUGUCGAUGAGAUCGAGAUCGCGUUAGAGCUGGACCGGGCGUUUCUUCUAGUGGAUAGUGAGAUCGAAGUCCAGCGCCGAACGCCCCGCAAGGCUAACGGGGUGAAGUCCUCAACGGGCAUGGUGCCCAAAACCGUAUCGACUUCGGCGACUGUAUUAUUAUCCUCCUUUUCGUCUCCGUGGCCGCGAAAUCCACAGUGGAUCGCAAACUUCAGAAGACCCAGAACCGGGGUGCGACGGUAUAGCCGUGCUGCCUGGCCGUCCUACGGCAUCACCACUCCCGUCCCGGAUCGUCCUCCACAGUUCUCCUGUUCCGGGUCUAGGAAAUCUCCAUUCUGCUUCCAGACAGGGUAUGCGCUCUGCGCCAAACGGCCGUCGCGCCCCUUCCCCCCACCGUUCCUGUCCCCGCCGUCCUCGUCCUUUUCCGACCCGUUGACCACCCACUACCACAGUCAGGAUAAGAGAUUAUCCGUCAAGGGCGAACUAGUCAGGGGGCUGAACAACGGCGACGAUGCCGUAUUGGUUACGGAUAAUUUCCUCGGGGUCGACGACGGCGUGGGGGCAUGGGCUACCAAGCCGCGAGGCCAUGCUGCACUCUGGUCCAGGCUUUUACUGCAUUUCUGGGCUCUAGAAGUCGAACGAGGGGUUAAUGGUGAUGCGCCGCUGGAUCCGGUCGAGUACCUCCAACGUGCUUACGAAGAAACCAUCGGCGCAACGACCGACCCCAGCGAAUGGUACGGGACAACGACGUCCGUCACUGCGAUCUUACAUUGGACCUGCGAUGAUACGGGGAAAGAAAAGCCUUUACUUUACGUGACCAAUGUAGGCGAUUGCAAGUUGAUGGUCAUCCGUCCAAGCGAGGAGAAGGUCCUGUUUCGGACCAAGGAACAAUGGCAUUGGUUCGACUGCCCCAUGCAGCUGGGGACCAACAGCGUGGAUACGCCUCGGAAGGAUGCAGUGCUGUCUCAAGUCGAUCUAGAGGAGGGGGAUGUCGUACUUGCCGUGUCCGACGGCGUUCUAGACAAUCUUUGGGAACAUGAAAUAUUGACCAUUACGCUGGAGAGCAUCAAGAAGUGGAACCAGGGACGGUAUGACAAUACAGACCUUGAGUGGGCUCCUCCAGAGGUGCUGGCAGAAGAACGCAUGGUCUUUGUGGCGAGAGAGCUACUCAAAUCUGCGCUGGCUAUUGCCCAGGAUCCGUUCGCUGAGAGUCCGUUUAUGGAGAAGGCAAUUGAAGAAGGUCUCGCUAUUGAGGGGGGGAAAAUGGAUGACAUUAGCGUGGUGGUCGGUUCCUGCAAGAGGAGGGCUUCUUGA